AUGAGCGCUGCGGCGCUUCGGGCGGACGUCGCGGGCGACUCGACGCCCGGCUCCGACGUCGGCGAGCGGAUAACACGUCUUUUUCCCAAGUGCCGCCCAAAAAACAUGCAGCACCAACACGACAGGUUGACCUCCAGCCUGGAGGGUCGGGACACAAACAACGUGAACAACGCCUCGUCGGACGACGAGAGAGGCAACGAGGGCCUGGUCAUACUCAACUCUAAAGGAGGCACAUACAAACUAAGAGACUCAAGGAUCAUAGAAAUAGCAGGAGGUCGAGAGCUGUACUCUCAGAGCCGAACGAAGGCUGUGCGCAAGCUGAGACAUAACAACACGCACAAACACAACCUCAGGAACAAAGUGCGCUCCCUCACCAAGGACACCGUGGACUACGGCGCAGAUAAUCUUGUUAACGAGAUAUCUCUACACCGAAUAAACAAUGAGCCUAAAAAAAUGAUAUCUCGGCACACGUCGCCUACUUAUACGAACGGUGCCCGAGACCGGAUCAUUGAACAAAGCACUAUGGGCAUACCGAAGAAUAGCUCACCAAUACUCGACCCCCAUAAGACCACUGACGUUAGCACUAAAAGUAGUCCCAUAGCUGUCGUGGCCGACGGCGAAGUGGUCGUUUUCGACGACGGAGACGAUUGGAAAGGUUUGAGGACGGAACCUGAAGCCAGUGAUGAUGAGAUCGAUAUGAGUGUUAAGAGAACUUUAGACAAUAUUAAAAACGGUGGUAGUGAACUAAACAAUAAGAGUGAAGUGAGUGAUGGAAGUGAGUCGUCUCCGUCGCGUGAUGAUGUCAGGUUGAGUGAUGCGAGCCCUUCAGGGGUGUGGCUGUCAGGGGAUGAGGAUAAGAGCAGGGUGACCAGGGUGAUAGGUGAACUGCCGAUUGCUGAGUACGAAGGCUCGCCAAGAAGAUAUGGAAUUGGGUCCCAGAAGACUGCAAGAUCGCCGAGGCCUGGAUUUCCUCAGAGGGUAGUAACAGAAAGCAGAGACGUGACUCCACCUUCGAGCUCUACUGCAUUUGACUACCUAUACGAGUUUUCGGAGACAAGAAAGGUAUUGGAAGAGUUUUUCCGGUGCCCCACCACGCAGUCGGGUCAAGCACAACUCAACACCAACGACGAAAUUGUUAACUUCCAGGAGUUAGACUAUGAACUGCGACGUCAAACCGCGGAGUGUCCGUCAGAGAACGGAGUGGAGGGCGGCAGCGAGUCGGAGUGGCCGCAAACCACCGAUACCCUGGACUCGCCUCACACCCCACAUAACCACACCAACUUUUUAGGACUACAGACACGCACGGGUGCGCUGGGAGCGCUGGGUGCACUGGGCGCGCUGGGCCCGCUCGGCGCAGACCCGCGCGCUCUGCGCGUGGGCGCGGCGUGGAGCGGCUCGGCCUCGCCCGCCGCCGCCGCCAGGGACGUGCCCUUCGCGCUCUCCACCGACACCAGCGACACGGCCAGCGAACUGUCGCUCAUCAUCAUGGAGAACGAACUCUCCGAGAUGAAAGUUCAAAUGGACAAGGACUGUGGAUUAGUGGCACAAUUACCUAUGGUAGAAGAUGGGUUGUCAUCGGGACACGCUUCUGAUACUGACAACAAUAACCAAUUGAGACAGAACUCAGUUGUGAUAAAAGAGAUAGUGGAGAACGGAACGAGUACGGAUGCGCACGUGUUGUCCGAUGCGGAUCUACAUUCGUUGGAUCCGUUAGCAUGUGGCGAAUCAGCGCCUCCUCCGCCUGCGCCUGCGCCGCACCGCCCUCCUUCGCCGAUCAUCGUGCCGCUCGUGCACGCGCCGCACGCGUCACUCGCGACCGUGUCGCCACACGCGCCACACGCGCCGCACGCGCCGCACGUGUCACACGCGUCACACGGCGGACACACGCCGCAUCACCACCACACACAUCAUGAUGAUGUUUAUCCGCCAAGGAAAAGACCAUCAUCUGCGCAAAGCACGGAAUCUGUAGAAAUUAAACCAGCAAGCGGAGAUGAAGAUGAAGCUGACACAGAUCUUGAGACUGACAGACUGCUAGGUCAGCAAAGAACAGAUGAUCAAGGAUUCUUCGACGACAAAGGAUGGCGCAAACCGAAAUCACGUACAGUGAUGCCGGGUGGUGGCGCCGUUGCCGCCAGGUCGCCUCACUCUCACGAUGCUGGAGACAGUCGAGACGAAGACGGGAUGCACAAUGGGAAGGACAAAGAUGCAAAGAAAAAGAGCAAAAAUAAGGAAGACGUAAACCGUUCAGUACUCAUAGAAGGCGUAUUAUUCCGGGCGCGGUAUCUCGGGUCCACGCAACUGGCGUGCGAGGGUCAGCCUACAAAGGCAACAAGGAUGCUACAGGCUGAGGAGGCUGUCUCCAGGAUUAAGGCUCCUGAAGGUGAAAACCAGCCAAGCACGGAGGUGGAUCUAUUCAUUUCAACGGAAAAAAUAAUGGUUUUGAACACGGAAUUGAAGGAGAUCAUGAUGGAUCACGCGUUAAGAACCAUUUCAUAUAUCGCUGAUAUAGGAGAUCUUGUUGUGCUCAUGGCGAGAAGACGGUUUGUGCCUCACGAGAAUGACUCAGAUCAACCGAAAUUGAACAGGACACCGAAAAUGAUUUGUCACGUCUUUGAAAGUGAAGAGGCACAAUUCAUAGCACAGUCUAUAGGUCAAGCAUUCCAAGUAGCCUACAUGGAGUUUUUGAAGGCAAACGGCAUCGAAGACCAUAGCUUCGUCAAAGAGAUGGACUAUCAAGAAGUGCUGAACAGUCAGGAGAUCUUUGGAGAUGAACUGCAGAUGUUUGCUAAGAAAGAGUUGCAGAAAGAGGUGGUGGUACCGAAGACAAAGGGUGAAAUAUUGGGUGUGGUUGUGGUGGAAUCGGGCUGGGGAUCAAUGUUACCCACUGUUGUUAUCGCCAACCUGGCACCAGCAGGAGCAGCUGCGAGAUGUGGACAGUUAAAUAUAGGCGAUCAAAUAAUUGCCAUAAACGGCGUAUCCCUAGUAGGGUUGCCACUCUCCACUUGUCAAACAUACAUAAAGAACUCUAAGCAACAGACCGUGGUAAAGUUAACCGUGGUCCCCUGCGCACCCGUCGUCGAGGUCAAGAUCAAAAGACCUGAUACCAAGUACCAACUCGGCUUUAGUGUCCAAAAUGGAGUGAUCUGCAGCCUUUUGCGUGGUGGGAUCGCCGAACGCGGCGGGGUACGCGUGGGGCACCGCAUCAUAGAGAUCAACUCGCAGAGCGUCGUGGCCGUACCGCACGAGCGGAUCGUCAACCUGCUCGCCACCUCUGUCGGGGAGAUCCUAAUGAAAACGAUGCCGACGUCGAUGUUCAGGUUGCUGACGGGCCAAGAGAACCCCGUAUUCAUCUAA